AUUGAAGCAGUCCUGGGGCAAAAAAUGUGUUCUAAGUCGAUGGAGAACUACGUGGCGUCCAUGGUGCUGAGCGCAGUUGGCGACACGCUGGGCUAUGGCAACGGGCAGUGGGAGUUCCUGAAGAGCGGCCCCGCCAUUCACAAGCAGCUGGUGGAGAUGGGGGGACUCAACAACUUGAACAUUAAAGGUUGGAAGGUCAGCGAUGAUACAGUGAUGCACUUGGCUACGGCCGAAGCCCUGGUAGCUGCCGGGAAAAAUCCAGCCUUACCACAGCUCUAUGCGCUGAUUGCAACUAACUACAAGGAGUGCAUGAAGGACAUGGAGGGCAGAGCUGCAGGGACGACAUGUAGAGAAAACGCGCGGAAGCUGGAUCCAGGGCAGCCGGAUGGCUGGAAGAUCCCGUUCAGCCCCCAGGGGGGAGGCUGCGGGGCCGCCAUGCGCUCCAUGUGCAUCGGGCUGCGUUUCUGGCACCCUGCUGAGCUGGACACCCUGGUGAAAGUCAGCAUCGAGAGCGGCCGAAUGACCCACCACCACCCCACCGGCUACCUAGGGUCCCUGGCUUCGGCCCUUUUCACAGCUUUGGCGGUGAAUGGCGUGCCCCCCCUGGCCUGGGGGAAGAGGUUGCUGGAGGUGCUGCCGCAGGCAAAAGCCUACGUGCAGGACACCGGCGUCUUCGUGGAGGAGAACAUGAAGGAAUGGCAUUACUUUGAAGAGCAAUGGAAAAAAUACCUGAAGCAGAGAGGCAUACUGGACGGAGUCUCACCACCCACCUUCCCCCUCAAGUAUGGCGUGGAAGAGAGAGAUUCAUUCUACACCUCCCUCAGCUACGAUGGCUGGGGGGGCAGUAGCGGCCACGACGCCCCCAUGAUCGCUUACGACGCGCUGCUGGGUGCGGGAGAUUCCUGGGAAGAGCUGGCUCACCGGGCUUUCUUCCACGGGGGUGACAGUGAUUCGACCGGCACCAUCGCGGCCUGCUGGUGGGGGGCCAUGCAUGGCUUCCACGGGGUCCCCCCCUCCCUGCACUCCCACCUGGAGUUCAGGGAUCGCCUGGAGCGGGUGGCCCAGGACUUGUAUCACCUU